CUGUGAUGGCUGAUGCGAUGAGUGCGUAGACAGACAUCUCAAAUGCGACCCUCAUACCCCAUGCCGCAACUGCAAAAAGUCAAGUCUUCAGUGUCUACGACCGAGCAAAUCGUUCCGCUUCAAAAAGACCCCUCGGCCCCAGCGUGAGUUUACCUUCGACUCGAACCAAACAUGGUUGGCAACCGACAAACAUGACGCACUAUCCUACAUUGAUGUUACCAAAGAGGUUGCCCUUGCUUCUGCCGGCACUAUGCAGCCAUCAGAUCAAGCUAAUGAUCGACCGACCAAGAGGCCAACACCAGAUCAUGCACGUGAAGAGCCAGAGCGCGCGCCAGAAGCUGCGUCCAUAUCGGAUCAAGCAGCACCUGAUGAAUCACUUGGAUCUCCUGUCCACGAACCUGAAGACCGCACAAUGGGCGACCCACAGCCGAGCUAUGAGGAGCGGUCUCAGGACACAAGAAUCGGGGGAGGCAUGUUCGCCCAAAUUGAAGGGUCAUUGAGUCCCAUGCAAACCCGACCAGCCCAGCAUGUCCAGUCACCAAUUCUUGUCGCAAGCAAUGAGCAGUCGCUCGCAGCCAGGUCCGAAACUCAGCUACGGAGUCCGGCUCUGACUACACAUAGUCUCACCUCGGGCGGGCAAUGUGUCUCCGAUGCACCACAUCCAUCUUACGCCUUUCCCUCGCCGUAUUAUGCUUCCCCCGAUGCUUUACAUGGGCUCCCAGAGAAAGCAACGCAUCAAGCAUAUACAAACCUUCAGGAAGCUUGUCUGGUCAAACACUUCAUCAAUAAACUGGCGCAUGCCUUCGAAACGACCGAUCGCGACCGGCAUUUCUCUCUCGUGAUACCUCAGCGUGCCAUGUUCUGCCCAGUCCUGUUGUAUGCAAUACUGACUGCAUCAGCACGCCAUUUGACUAGAUUGCAUUCAACACAUAGUAACAGACCCGUCGAGUUUGAAGGGACUCCUCUGCCCGACCUCAAUGAGAAUUCGGCAAUAGAAUAUCACAACAUUUGCAUCUCUUACUUGAUGGAGGUUCUAAAUGAUCCAAAGAAGACCAUCAACCAGGACGCUUUGAUUGCUGCAACCAUCCUCAGAUUUCACGAACAAAUAGACACCCCGUUAACCGGGUGGGAUCCGGAAACAUAUCUAAGCGUCCUCCGAGGAGUGAUCGAGUCGCAGCAGAACGAAUCUUUCUAUUCCCUGCGCACUAUCCACGGGCCUCCCAGAGACUGCGAUAUAUAUGCCUCGAACAAUGCGUCGCUAGCUCAUUCUGCCUGCUUGAUUGCUCUUCGACAGGAGAUCUGGUCAGUCUUGCUCUACCGUAGACCUUUCCGCCUCCCACUCUGCCCAGACAACGACUACUCGAAUCUGGAUCCCGCAGUGGACGAUUACACCUGGACGAACCGAAUUCUGGUCUGGUGUGCCGAUGUUUGCAAAUUCGCCUUUGGCGGAGAAGGCGGCAUCGUCGAGCCGAGUAGUCGCGUUGAACGGUGGAAGCGUCUCAAAGUCGUGCAAGACAGAUGGGAUGCGGUGCAGCCAGCGUGCUUCAAGCCUCUUUACUACCGAGACGCCGAUCCGUCGAGGGGUAAGUAUUUCCCAGAGGAGUGGCACAUGAAUGACUGCCAGGUGCUGGCGCUCCAGCACUUCGAACUGGCGCGAAUCCUACUUGCUGCAUACAAUCCAAACCUCCAGAGGAUCGGGUUGGGCUCCAGUUCAUCUAUUACUACCCUCGAAGCGCAACUAAGGCGCUCCACGAUGCGGCUCUGUGGCCUGGCUCUUGCAAACCUCAAUGACCAACCAGGCAUGGUCACAGCUGCAGUGGGAAUAUCAAUGUGCGGCGAGUAUAUCCGAGACGCUGGAGAACAGUCUGCAAUUGAAGGAUUCCUCUCCACCCUUGAGCGCGAGCACGCUUGGCCAACCCAAACUGUCCGGCAAGCACUGCGAGAUGCGUGGGAGGCAACACGAAGACAGUCAGCAGCAUUUUCAAGCCCAGCAGGCUAACGCUCGACGCAUUUUCUCCUCGAAUGCUUCAAC